CAAGCAUUUCUCAAGAUACAGGACUCGCAGUUUGAAGGAAAACCAGUUGAAAAAUAUGUGCAGUACCUUGCAGCUACUGUUUUUGUUUUUCUUUAUUUGCAUACAUAUUUACUAAUUCGGGUUUUCAGCGCUUUUCUAGGUCAGAAAGUUCAGCUUUUCCGUUGUGUUGAAAGACAUUUGUACUGUCACACCACUCCUCAAUCAUUUCUGUGGGAACUUACGCAAAAUGCCUAUGCAAAGGAGAGCUUCGGAUGGAAGCUGCGUCGGCUCUGCUAGUGAAUUUUUUACUAGGGGAUGUCCAAGAUAUGUUCUUCUGUGGAAGUUUUGAACGUUUUCCGUAAUCAGUCGGGUAAACGUUGCCUACGUCAUGUAGCUAUACUUCAACCACCCAAGACUUUUAGUUUCGAAAAGUGAUUGUGGCUGUAGCCUACUGAAUCUACAAGCGAGAUUGUCUCUGUUCCGUCCUGGAGGGAUUAUCUAUCAAACGUUUUCGGUUGUUGUAGCUGUGACAGUCGUGCGUUACAAGCCAACAGACGAGGCCACCAGCCACACUGUACUGUAAUUCAACGUUUACAACUUCAAAGAUGUAAAAAAAAAAAAAGGUAUUACCAAAUGUGUAAUAUUUAGGCUGUCGUACACUGCUUCUGACGACGAAGACGGAUGUUCAAAGUGUAAUGAGUGAACUCGCAUGGAUGGUCAUGUCACGGAAUAACUAACCCGCUCAAACUGGAACUGUAAUCAAUAUUGUUCUUUUAUUUACUCUUAUGUGGCUUGCACAUGUGUGUUUCCCAUACAUUCAAUAAAAAACAAGCAAUCUGCGCGCAGUUCACUGACUGGGAGAACAAUUGUCUUCUGGAAGUCAUGGCACCGCAUUGAUGACCUAAAUAUAAGCUAUUUUUGCAAGGAUGCUGGUGUACAGUGGAUAGCAGGAACUGAUGUUUUAGAGAUGCACCGAUCACUCGCUUCUUGUCCAUGGCUUGAAAAUGUUUGUCUAUUGUGGUGAAUUUGACUGGAAAAGGACACACGUAAGCCAGCAGUGUGAACACCUUCUGUGGAACGUUCACAGGGUGGUCAAGCAAGCUAACUGAUGAAAAUGGAUAAGGUUGCUCUCUCACUUCCUGUAAACAUCUGAUGUGCCACAAAGUUAUAGCAGCACUGCAUAGGUAUUGUAAAGAAUGCCGGCAGGGUUAUGGUUUUGAGUUAGAGGUCUUUAAUCGUACACAGUGAAGAGGAUCUACAUGCCUGCCAGUGACUGAUUCUCAGAUCUGGGUCAGCCUUGCCCGACUGCGUGCCUAUCUGCCUGCCAGCGGCAGCAUGUCUCGGGGUGAGCUGAUCGAACUUAAGGAGCUGAGCCUGGAUGACCGGAUCGAGCUGACCUCCCCUCCGCCUGCACCCCGCACACCUCGCCUGGAGCGGGUCAACGCGCUACGCAUCAGCCCAGGGAAGGUUCCGGAGCUGCUGAGCAGGGUGCGGAUUAUUCGGCUCCUGGGGGAGAGCGUAGACCCACAUCUCACCGAUCAGACCGGGGAGGGACACGACUUCCAGCCGUACACCCACGCCCACCCUAGCUGGUGUGACCUGUGUGGUGAUUUCAUCUGGGGUCUAUACAAGCAGAGUCUGCGCUGCACCAAUUGCAGGUUCACCUGCCAUUAUCGCUGCCGAGCUCUCAUCCAAUUAGACUGCCACUCUGGACGCAUUUCUUUCACAGACCAAUCGGAUAAUGUGGAGGACACCAUAGAAACAGACACCAAUGUGGAUGAGCAGAUCGAGUGGAGGAAGCAGGAGCUUUCUAUCAGUGAGAUUGAGCAGAAAGUGAAGGAGUACAACGCGCAGAUCAACAGCAACCUUUUCAUGGCCCUUAACAAAGACGGCUCUUACACCGGCUUCAUUAAGGUCCAGUUUAAGCUGGUGCGGCCCGUGUCCGUGCCCCCCCCGCGGAAGGGGACCGCGCCCCAGGAGGGGGGCCGGCGGGCCACGGGGGUGAAGCGGCGCACCUCCUUCUACCUGCCCAAGGACACGGCCAAGCACCUGCACAUCAGCUCGCGAACCCGGGCUCGCGAAGUCAUCGAGGCGCUGCUCAACAAGUUCACUGUGGUGGAUAACCCGCGCAAAUUCGCCCUGUUCGAGCGCAGCGAGCGCCAUGAUCAAGUGUACCUGCGGAAGCUGGGUGAUGACGAGCGGCCGCUGCUCCUGCGUCUGUGCGCGGGGCCCAGUGAGAAGGCCCUCAGCCUGGUGCUGAAGGAGAAUGAGACAGGAGAGGUCAACUGGGAUGCCUUCACCGUGCCAGAGCUGCACAACUUCUUGCGUAUCCUGCAGCGUGAGGAGGAAGAACACGUGAAGCAGAUAGUGCUGCGUUACGCCCGUGCCCGCGACAAGAUGCAGCAGGUGCUGGCCACCAGCACACCCGGCUGACGCACACUUUGGCGCACUUCCGACUGGUGGCCACCAGAGGGCCACCUGUCAUCCCUAAAUCCAAAGAUCCCAGCUGACCGUGUGUAAGGACAGGGCAGUGACACCACAGUGGUGCCAGGCCUCUGCGAGAGAGAGUGAGAAUUAUGAAGUGCCUUCGACCUAGAGAGAAUGAGUUGUUCUUGUGAGAGAACGAGCGAGAGAGCGAGCGAGACUGUGGCUUUAGUGAAGUCUAGCUGUACCCAGUUGUGUCAGCCCCGUUUAGACUCACGUUUCACCUCCAGCACUUAUUGUAAACACGGAUUUGUUUUCUGCACUGAAGUGGCACAGAAUAGUGCUGUGAAGCUGCUGCUGCUGCGGCUGUUGUUACCACCUGAUCCCUACUCCUGCAACUCCCCUGACCCCCAGUAGGCCUGUGGAGACCGAGUGGCAUUUUCAAUGCUGUGAGUGACAGGAGUGUAUUGGGACAGUUGUGUGAUUGACAGUGUGAUGUGUGGAUGUGAAGUCUGACCCCAUUGCAUUGCUUGCCAGGACUAAUAGAGCCCAGAGUUCUGGAAACCUGAGGCAUUGCUGAACUGGAAAUUGGUGCUACUUACCUAAAGGGGUGGGGUGGAAUUGGAUCUUCAGUCCUUUAAUUAUGGUUGGAAGAUGAAGUAUGACUGACCUAUGACAUGUGACCUCUAAUACCUUUUAUUCACCAUUCUGUUUCUGUACUGUUUUCUUUUUCAUCUUUUUGACCAUUAUGUGUUGUUCUGUAACUUUUAUUUGGGGAUGAAAUCUCAGUACAUUACUUAUCUGUUUUUCAUGGUUCUGGGAGAACCCCCCACCUCCCAACUACUGCUAUAUUUGUUAAUUGUUCUGCCUUUCUUUCCCACAUCUUCUGUUUCUUACCUGUUUAAGCAGUUUAUACUGUAACUGUUUGAAGUAUUUCUUACAAAAUUAUAAGUGAACUAUUCUAGAGAGAAUGUACACAAUAAAUGAAUUCCCCCACCCAAAAAAA